GCGCGUCCCUAGCCGGCCCGGGGUCUCCCCGCGCACCCCCGAGACGGCGCGCGCCCAAAGCGAGGAAGCCCGGAGCGCCGGGCGCCUGGGACCGCGCGGAGCCGCUGCCCAACCUGCAGGACUCGGCAGGGAUGCAGGUUGCGCUGUGAGCCCGGGCGCCAAGGCCAUGUCCGGCGCCCGCUGCCGGACCCUGUACCCCUUCUCCGGGGAGCGGCACGGCCAGGGGCUGCGCUUCGCCGCGGGAGAGCUGAUCACGCUGUUGCAGGUCCCUGACGGCGGCUGGUGGGAAGGCGAGAAGGAGGACGGGCUCCGCGGUUGGUUCCCGGCGAGCUACGUGCAGCUGCUGGAGAAACCUGGGAUGGUUCCCCCUCCGCCGGGAGAGGAAAGCCAGACCGUCAUCCUCCCACCUGGCUGGCAGAGCUACCUGUCUCCACAGGGACGCCGUUACUAUGUCAACACGGCCACCAAUGAGACCACCUGGGAACGGCCAAGCAGCACUCCUGGGAUUCCAGCCAGCCCUGGCCCGCACAGGAGCUCUCUGCCUCCGACAGUGAAUGGAUACCACGCAUCAGGGACCCCAGCGCACCCUCCCGAGACUGCCCACAUGAGUCUCCGAAAGUCCAACGCUGGUGAUUCCCAGAACCUGGGAUCCUCUUCGCCAAGCAAAAAGCAGAACAAGGAAAGCACCAUCACGGUAAACUGCGUGACCUUCCCUCACCCGGACACGAUGCCCGAGCAGCAGCUGUUGAAACCCACCGAGUGGAGCUACUGCGACUACUUCUGGGCCGAUAAGAAGGACCCCCAAGGCAACGGCACCGUGGCCGGGUUUGAACUGCUGCUGCAGAAGCAACUGAAGGGCAAACAGAUGCAGAAGGAGAUGUCGGAGUUCAUCCGGGAGAGGAUCAAGAUUGAAGAAGAGUAUGCGAAGAACUUAGCAAAGCUCUCCCAGAACUCCUUGGCUGCACAGGAGGAGGGCUCCCUGGGAGAGGCAUGGGCUCAGGUGAAAAAGAGCCUGGCAGAUGAAGCAGAAGUUCAUCUCAAGUUCUCAGCCAAGCUCCACAGCGAGGUGGAGAAGCCCUUGAUGAACUUCCGUGAGAACUUCAAGAAGGACAUGAAGAAGUGUGACCACCACAUCGCUGACCUCCGCAAGCAGCUGGCCAGCCGCUAUGCUGCGGUGGAGAAGGCCCGGAAAGCCCUCACGGAGCGGCAGCGAGACCUGGAGAUGAAGACACAGCAGCUGGAGAUCAAGCUGAGCAACAAGACGGAGGAGGACAUCAAGAAGGCUCGGAGGAAGUCCACGCAGGCUGGGGAUGACCUUAUGCGCUGCGUGGAUCUCUACAACCAGGCCCAGUCCAAGUGGUUUGAGGAGAUGGUGACCACCACACUGGAGCUGGAGCGGCUGGAGGUGGAGCGGGUGGAGAUGAUCCGACAGCACCUGUGCCAGUACACACAGCUGCGGCACGAGACGGACAUGUUCAACCAAAGCACAGUGGAGCCUGUGGACCAGUUGCUUCGGAAGGUGGACCCGGCCAGAGACAGGGAGCUGUGGGUCAGAGAGCACAAGACCGGCAACAUCCGGCCUGUGGACAUGGAGAUCUAGGAGCACCUGCAAGGCUCUGGGCCGUCCUCCACAGGAGGGGGGAUGGGGGGCGGAGCUGCCCUCCCAUCCGUUCUCCUGGCCCACUGGGGAGGAGCAGAGUAAGCUGGAGACUGCAGGAGGACAGCAUGGACAGCCCAGCUGGGGAACACCCCAGUAUUUCCAGGCCAAGACAACGGACCCAUAGCCCUGCCCUUGUCUCGAGGCCAAAGCCCUCCAACUUCCCUGCUGUGCUCACCCUCCUGAGGACAGACUGAGGCUGGAACUUGGCUGAGCACUGUAAGGAGUCACUGUCACAUGCUAGGGCCCCUGGAAGCCCCGAGGCCUGUCCUCCCCAACACCCUACCC